CCUAACAACACACCUGAGUCUAUACCCGAUCGGUGAUUGUCAAUUGGUGGUGCUGGUGCGAUUUUUAGUAUUUUACAUUCUGCCGUUGUGGACGAUACGUAAGGUCGGUUCAUACUGAUGACCUCGUCCGUACGCGGUCACCGUAGUGAAUGUGAAGAAGUGUGAAGUAGGUUAGUGCAUACAAUUUCUAGAGCAUUUUGUGGAUUAUAACAUGACGGUUUCCUAUGGAGGGCUCGUACCAAACGGCAGUACUUUUGGAUGUUUUUGGAAAGUUCUUGGCAUAUGGCGCGGUAGCGUGUACAAACUAGUCUGGAGAGAGCUGGUAGCCUAUUUAUGUGUAUACUAUUCUAUUAAUUUAUUAUAUAGAUAUGGACUGACUGAACCGCAACAAAGAAUAUUCGAGAGAAUAAGAAUGUAUUUCGGACAACAGAGUGAAACAAUACCAAUGUCUUUCGUAUUAGGUUUCUAUGUAUCUUUGGUUGUGAAAAGAUGGUGGGAGCAAUAUAAGUUGUUACCCUGGCCUGAUACAUUGGCUCUUUUUUUGAAUGCCGGUAUACCUGGUGCGGGCGAGAGGCAAAGACUGAUGAGACGAAACAUUGUAAGAUACGCAGUUUUGGCAUAUGUGGUUACCCUCAUGAGGGUAUCCUUAAGAGUAAAGAAACGGUUUCCUACAUGGCAGCAUUUGGUCGACAGUGGUAUAAUGAUGGACAGCGAGAAAAAGAUAUUCGAACUAAUGGACCAAAAGACACCAAUGUCAAAAUAUUGGAUGCCACUUGUUUGGGCGGCAAAUCUUAUCAAUAGGGCAAGGAAAGAAAAUUUGACCACCAGCGAUCAUAUCGUACAAACCAUUUUGACUGAGCUCUCAGAUAUUAGACGGAGAUUGGGUGCUUUAAUUGGAUAUGAUACUGUAUCAGUACCAUUGGUCUAUACCCAGGUGGUAUCAUUGGCUUUAUACGUUUACUUCAUAGCAGCUCUCCUAGGACGCCAAUUCGUCCCGCAUGCUCAAAGUGAUAUGAAAGGAAAACUGGAGGAACCUGAUAUGUAUUUUCCAUUUUUCACAGCAUUGCAGUUCUGUUUCUACAUUGGCUGGCUUAAAGUUGCAGAAGUUUUAAUAAACCCAUUUGGUGAGGAUGACGAUGAUAUAGAAUUGAAUUGGCUCAUUGAUAGACAUAUGAAGGCCGCCUACAUUAUAGUAGAUGAAAUGCAUGAAGAGCAUCCAGAACUAUUAAAGGAUCAGUAUUGGGAUGAUGUCGUACCAAAAGAACUACCUUAUACAGUUGCAUCUGAACAUUAUAGAAAAGAAGAACCUAAAGGGUCAGCAGAAAAUUAUAAAGUAAAACCGGUGGAUGGACUUUAUGCCAAUUUGCUACCUCAUACGCAUUUUAAAAAGAGCCUUGUGGAUGACAUGUAUGCUGAUUAUGAAAGCGUCGAUACUCCCAUCGUAGAACGUAGAAAAAGUCAGAAUUGGUUCUCGAGACAACUAUCCAGGACUGGAAUGGGUUCAGUUCGAUCUGCUUCAACUGCAUAUUCUUCGGGGGGAAUCUUCUCAAGGCCCAGAGGGAACUCUGUUUAUGCAAAUCCGGAAAAUGGGCAGCUACAUAUUACACAUCAAAAGAUAUCCAUCUACGAUCGACUAGUGGGAAGAAGAUCUGGAAGAAAUCAGAAAUUUAAAACCAAUCAAAAAUUCGCAGGCGCAGCCGCAAUGCACAUAAAAAACAGACCGAGAAUUCCCACCCCCGAUGUAACAAAAGAAGUUUUAGAAAGAGAAAACCAGAACAGAAAUUUUACUGGGAUCAGCAAUAUGGGAGUUCCUGAUUCUUCCACAGGAGUCACCUUAUUACCACAGCAAUUACCUUCUUACACUGGAUAUAAUUCCAAUGAUUUGCCUGUUGUACAGGUGGUAUUGUCUCCGAUUCAAGAGGAUGGGAGCAGCUCAGUAAACAAUACUUUACAUCCCCAUUCUCCGGGUACAGCAGCCCUUGCUCAGGCCGUUUUAUCACCAACUUUGGGCCCUUUGUUAAAUACCCCAGUCAGUGUACCCAUGACAGUUUCCCAACUGACACAAUUAGGACUAAAUUCCGCUCGAAAUAGUCCUCUAUUCGUCAGAGCAUUUGACAGGCAGCCUGUAAAUAAAAACUCAAUGUUCGAAACCCAGAUGACACCAAUUUCUUUAACAGAGUUAAAGGAUCAUGAGAUUGGAGAGAAUAGUGGAGGUUCGUCAGUAGAUUCGGAGUCUAAUGUAUCGCAUACCACUGCUUCUCUAAGUUCUAAAAAGUCUAUAGAUAAUUUAGAUGGUGCCACUGAUAGUAAACCAUCAACUAGGUUAAGUACUGUGGACGAGACAGACAGAGAUAAGGGGUCUACGAUUACUCCAAGUGCCUCAGCACCAACCUCCCUAAGCUCUAUGGGAGGUUCUGAUGUCUCAAAGAUAAGAAAAGUUUCUACAGUGUCUCAAACCACAAGUGGAGGGGCGAAAAGAGGAGAGGUUUAUGUAUGAUAUUGGAGAUUAUGUGUUGUAUAUAUUAGGCUUAUUUUUUAAAUGUAUAUAUUAUGUGGGAACAAAUGUGGGGUCAAACAGUUCCCGUAAAGUUGGCAUAACAAAGAACUACUUGGAAGGAAACUGUAAUAAAGUGUAAUUUUUUUGUGAUGUAAAUAUAUAAUAUUGUUUUUAAGAGAUUUUCAGCGAUAUCAUAAUAUAUUUUAUGUCGAAGUUUAUUUUUAACCUGUAACAGAAAUAUAAAUAUAUAUAUUUUUAUUUUAAA